AAGCUUAGGGUUUGGGUGUAUUUUUACUCUUUAUUUUUAAAAAUGUGGAAAUUUAGAACGAUGUAAGCUUAAUCUGCCAAAAAAUAAACGGCUCAGGGGUGCUAUCUGGGUGAGAAGAUGUGCUGAAAUCAACAAGAAAUUAACACUGGACGUCCGAAACAAAGAGGUUUAUCUCACAGAUCAAGGAACGCCCUUGUAACCGCCCUCUUCAAAACAAGCUUGUCUGCCAUUGGUCGCGUUGUUGCUGUGAGGCUCUCUGAUUGGCUGGCGGCCUCGUCACUGAACGUCUGUUGUUCACACUCGCCUCAGAGUGAGAGCGCCCUGUGACAGUGGGCUGCAUUGAUUCAUGCUGCUGUGGAGCCUCAUUUUUGGAUUUGGGGAACAAUUAAUGCGGCUGAAACAGAGCGUAUGAAGGUAUGUUUGCACACGGAAAGGUUGUGAGUGGUAUUCGCAACUAACCUGUUGAAAUUCAACCUCCAGUUUUUGCCCGUCUGCAUGAAGAAAGCAGAAUGCCAAAGUCUAUAGACAGGUCUGUGACACAACCUGCAAUUGGCUUGUAAUGUAUGGGGCUUGGAAUUUUCAGUUUAGUGAAACUUUUGGUUCAAUUUAAGAAAAGAAAAGCAAUAAUGGUGGUUUUAUGGUUAAAAUAGCAUGUAGAGAUUGUAAUUUGUGUCACUUCAGGUCUUCCACGUUGAGUUCCUUACAGGCUGAUGGGUGUGUGUAGCCUACUUCACUGUUAUUGAUGCCAUAUUGAUUAAACCAUAAUCACAAUUUAAACGGUAGCUGAUGUGUUUUUUGUGCUGCCUGGGACAAUUAUAAACUAAGUGUUGCCUUCACGGACAUAAUGACAGUCUCUUGAGUCAGACAAAGGCCCUGGACGGCAGGUGGAUCCUCGGCUGUUCCUCAGCAACCACUGUGAACGUUUACUGCUGUGAACACACUGAGCACCCUGUCCUGCACAUUGAGCACAUUACCACAACAAGGCUGAGUAAAGUUUAACUGAGGCUUUGUUUGCUCGCUGAGAGAAAUGGCUGAGAUGAGCAGAGAUUUAUAGACACCUACCUCACAAUAGUGCUGGUUAAAUUAGCUCUUGCCUCUGUCUGGACUUGUUAAUCUGGCUUGAACAUCAUUUGCAUGAAUUUAAUACCUCCUGACAGGACUGUUCAGAUUAAGUCUCAGGAUUCACAAAGUCAAAUUUGCAAGGAUACAACUUCGUGGGAUUUGCUCCUGAGUGAUGAUCCCCAUGGUGUGGGCAUCCCAGGAAUGCUGAAUUGAUUAUCCAGUCUCUUUUUUUCACAGAUAUCUGGUGACAAAUAGCAAGUUUGGCCUACAGUCACAACCAAAAGCACAGGCACCUAAUAAUUAAACUUAUAUCAUAGUGUUUGUGUGUGGUGCAGUGCUGGAAACCACCCUCUCCGAACGUGUCAAGUGAGAACUACUGAUUGACACAGUGUUGCUUUGCUGUGAAUGUGUGGUGCGCCACAGAAUGCUCUGAGGAAUUUGGACACUUCUGCGAGAAAGUAAACACUUCACUUGAGUUUUAGCCUCUGGUACCAGUUUCUCUGGUAGCAAAGAGGUGCGGACGGGUUUGUUUGAAGUGAGGAUUACUCGUACUUCUUAUACAGAGGGAUUUACAGAAUGAACGAAAGUCAAAAAACAGGCUCCUGUUAUCUGAUUUUACACACUUUGUCAACCGCAUAGUUAACUCGCACAAAAACAGUGCUUUACUAUUUUAGAGCACUGAAAAAAAACCAAGAUUGUGACUACACCUUUAUUUUUAAAAGAUGAAGUCAGCUGUUUUUGUCUUUCUUUUCAUUUUUAGGGUGAGGUCAGCUGCCUGAAGUGCAUGUUAUGUGACUAGACUUGACCGAACUGGUGAAUCACAGGAUAUAGUGGAGGAUGGAUCAUAGCCUGUGCCGUGAGAGUGAUUUGAAACUACUACUAUUUCAUGUAGAGAAACCGUCUCAGUCUUCAAAUCCGGCUGUGGAGACUGAAUAGAGCAGAGCAGACAGCUGUCCAUGGUUCUUCAGCAACUUAACAUGCAGAUAUGCUAAUCACUUCCUGUUUAUAACCCUGAGCACAACCAAGUGAGGCCCCCUUGUCCCAUCCUAUAGCAGCUCUGUGCCUCACAGUGCAUAAUAAAGGCAAAGAAAGUCCAUUUAUGUCUUAACCAGAAUAUUUCUCCAAUUCUCUCGUUGUGUCCUCAGGAUGAGAAGAUGAAUGUGGAGGCUCUAAGCAGGGCAGAGCUGCUGACUCUCCUCAGUAUUUUGGAGGGUGAGCUGGAGGCCCAGGAUGUUGUCAUACAUGCACUCAGGGUAAGUAAUGCCACCCACCACCAGGACCACCACCCUCCAAGGACUCUGGAUUGCAAAACAUGUAACAAACAUUAAAGAGCAUAGACCUAAUUUCCAAACAUUGACAGCAGUACACACAACAAUUACAACAAUUUGUGAAACCUAUCAAACAAAACAUUUCCUUUCGUCGUUAUGUGCUGUUACUCAAGACAGCCUUAGACACCAAAAUCAAGCAGUUUUACAUUACAGCCCCCAAAGAAGAAUGUGAGCAGACAGGGAGGGGAUGUGUAAACAGGAAACUUAAGGAAACAAGGCUUGAAAAGACAAUGGCACCGGAGUCAUUCUGGUUUCCCUGGCCUUUCAAUUCCAGCACAACGCCAGCAUUGUUGCUUAUCAGAUCUGUCUGAUAAGUCAUUCUGAUUUAAAACUGCUUCUUAUUUCCCCCUGACCCAAGCACUUAUUCAGACCUGGGUGUCCAAUUUGUGCUUUAACUCAGGUCUGACAGUCUCCUGCUUAGAUAGUUAUCUAGUGACUGUUUGUUUAAAAUCAAGAAGAUAGACGACACAGCUGCUCCAAGAAAGUGAAGCCAGAACAGUUAAUGAGGUUCGAAAAUGCUUAGAUGUGGAGAAGCUAAAAAUGUGGUUUAAAAAACAUUGUGAAUCAAAGGGGGAGGGAAUAUCCUAAAUCAGUCAUCUUCGUACUCCUGUGUACAGCAAAAAUAAACAUAGUCUGAAUACAUCCAAAGCUAAUAUUUGGUUAUUCUUGGGUUAGGCUGUCGGCAUGUACUGUAGAUGUCAAUCAGUUCAAAGCAUUUCUAAUUCAAAAAAAUGAAACAUCUAUUUUGGAUGAGGGGGAACUUUGAGGGUUGCACUUUCAAACUACUGCUUUAGUAGUUUCAUGUAGCUCAUUCACUCUCUCUAUCCAAAUGUCCGAGCUGCUUUUUUUCAUCCACAGUGCUUUGCUUUGUUUGAGUUUAGUCUGGAUCUCUCCAUCCCCUUGGCUGCUUCAUCCAGUCAUGACCACAACAGCUGCUCCAUGAAGCAGCUUGACUCAUUGUCUGAAGCACUGAGGUUGUAAUGAGCAUCAGUAACAGCCAUGACUGUCUUGUUCUGAUAAACAGGCCUUUAUAGUCACUAUUACACACACCAAUCACAGCCAUUUGCUUUAUACUAAAGAUACAGUUGCCUUUUUGUACUUUUCAUUCCUUUUUCUAUAUCUCAAACCCUUCUGUUUUCCCCCUCUCCCUCCUUUCUCCCCUGAGCAGCCACAUUGCGUGGAGUCUUUCAUGUUCAACCAUGACCCAUGUCCUCUUUGCCCACUCGCUCACUCACACACACACACACACACACACACACACACACACACACACACACACACACACACACACACACACACACACACACACUCCGGUGGUCUCUGGUGGGCCACUUAGAGGCUGCAGUGUUUACUGCAGAGAGGAUGUACAGAGUUGUAGGCUCAAAUCACCGACUUCCCUUGUCCCCACUGGGGGCCUGUUGAGCAUGUCGACUGAGUGCAGACAUGUGGCUGCAGAGAGAUGUGUCAGGGGGUGAUAGCAGGCUAAUUUAUCCAGUAUUGAGCUGUGUGUCUUUGUGCAUUGAUCUCGCCUCACAGGAGAUCUGUUUGCACUGUCUUCUGUUUGUGGAAGCUUUUCCUUUUUUUUCACUGUGACUUUUUUCCGAAUCUUGAUACACCACAUACUGUCUUUCUAAAACGGUGUGCACACUAUUAAUUUGCAUGUUAGAGCAGAUGAACAGGACAAAAAACGGGUCUCUUACCCUUGCCAUUCUUUUAUACUUAAAAUAUUUUCUCCUCCCAGCAGCGAACACUUGGGAUGCCUUUAGAUUGCUCGGGACAACCGCAUUCAGGAGCUCUCUGCUCGCUUCUUUCACCUCCAAAUCCCCAAAACUUGGAGCUUAAUCCGUAUUUGCUUACUUACCAUUAAGAUUGCGUCACCUUUGGGACUUGUCUCUACAGCUUCUUGAUUGUAUUUUUUUUGGCUCCUACCUCUGAGGACAUGGAUAGCAGUUUUACUAGAGGGAACAUUCCUGAAAACAUGACACCAGGAACAGGUCCUGCAUUCCAACAGGGGUGACGUAUGAGUUUGAGUUGAUGAUUGUCUAUACCUUUACUGGAACAAAGCUGUUAUUAUCGUGUCCUUGACGGGCGUAGUUGGCAUAUCCUUCUUGGAGUUCGCCUUUAUAGAAAUGCCAUCUAAAGAUAUGAAAGCAUACCUUUGAUAGAAGACAAAAACAUGCUUCUGAAACACCGACAAUAAACUCUUAAUAAACUAGGGCUGGGCGAUAAACCGAAAAUUUACAGGUACUGAAAUUUAUGACAAUAACUGACGUCAUUUUGCUCAUAUCAGUAUAUUCGGUGUCAAAAAGACAAAUAGAUAAAAGUUGGUUUUAGAUGUGUUUAGGUAGGCUAUGGUCUCAUGUCCUUUUAAGACACUGUCCUAUCCAGUCCAUAACAAAGAGGGAAAGACAGGUGGAUGGAGGACAGUUUAAAAGUUGUAACAGCUGGAGCGGCGGCUGAAGUUGAUGAAGUUAGUCUGGGAGGGGGUGAGCUUGGUUAACUGCUUAAUAUAUCGUAAUGCUGAUCUGAGGCCAUAUCGCCCAGCCCUAUUCUCAGCCUUUUUGAUUAUUAACUGCUUGAAACCAUAAACACAAGCAAACUUUAUGACUCCAGCUUGGUCAUAUUUGGGCAUCUGUGCCUGGAAAAACAAACAUUGCUGUUUUUCAGUGCUCAAAAUGGUUUGCUUUACCCAGGCUGCCAACCUUGUGUGGUCAAAAAAUUUUCAGUCAUGCUUAGUAUGCCCUGUUUUGUUUUUCAUAUGAUGUCAUGUCCUGUAAUCUUCAAAUGCCUCGUCUAUUUUUGCAGGCUGACGUGUUUUCCUGACUCUGUAAAACAAUAGGGCCUGGCUGGAGUGUUUUGUCCAGAUAAGAUUGUACACACUGUUACUCAACAAGAAUCAAAACUGCCCAGUUUGGACAUGUUGUCUUGGUUAGUGAGGGUAAAAUGUAAGAUAAGACAUGAAAAUGCAAAAUAUAGCUCAAAGCGUAAGGAACGUGCACUUAAAAAUAAAGUGAUACAAGAUAACAGCAAUGUAAUGCAUGCUAAUCCAUGAUGUCAGACAGUGCAGUACUUCCAUUACAGCCCAAGGCGUGCCAGAGGAAAGCUCCCUGACCUGAAAAUUCUCAGAUGACAUCAAAGUACCUGAAGCUACCUUCUUUCAGUCAUGUCAGAAAAAUAAGCGAGAUAUAAGCACGGCAGAGUCACAUACUUAAACAGCAAUAAUUCAUCCACAUAAAUGACAAAGUAUGGCUCAUGUUUGCUUGAAAAUAUCCUUUCUAUGGCAGCCUCGCUUAUCAGUUAUCCAAUUAGAAAGAACAGGGUCAUAUCUGUAAUGCUCAAGAACUCCACCCUUCACUGAACAGGGGGCAAUCAGCAGCCACAAAUUACUGUGAUUGAAGAGAUUAGUCAAUGCAUAGGCAACAGCGAGUGGGAGAUCAGAAAAACACAGCUUUCUUCUAGGAGUUUAUGUCAGGCUCAGUUGAUUCUUCCAGUUAAAUUUCUGACCCAGUUUGAAGAAACACCAGAGCACUUCCUUGUUCCACCUAAUGAUAUGUUAUUCUCCAAAAGCUUGGUCUGGCCGAAGGGCAAGCGCGCUGUCCUACAUAUUUCAUCACUAACCACUGACAAUAGCGUCUGAGCAAGUCAAACAUUACUUGGAAGUUGUCUCAGAGUAGGCCCAUAAAGUAACGUGAGGUUUUGUUUGGCGUCUUCCCAGUUAUCUUGGUGCAAUCUGUGGUUAAUGUGUAGGUGGGAGGUGUGGAGGAUACAGUUUAAGCCUUAAGCACACACCUUCCUUUACACUUCAAAAAGCAUACAUGCUAUAAAUCUUGUCUCCCUCUUUUCUGCGCUGACACAUGUUUCUGGGUCGGGUGCAAGAGUAUUACACAAAUUGUAUUGGAUCAUUUUUACCUCCUUUUUUUUAGAUAUUCAAGAAAAAACAAAACUUUUAGUAAAGUGGAGAAAAUCUUUAUCAUGGGUCACACUAGCUUCCAACCAUUCAUGCUGCGGUUAGAGACAAACAAGGGCAAACUAAUCAGUUUAAUCCUAAUUGACUUUUGGAGUACAAGAGGCAAAGACUGAGCUCUGAAGACCUCUUCUGCUCUUACAUGACUUAAUAAGCUGGUUAGCUUAACUUUGAGCAAAGUUAUCAUCUGGUCGAGACCACAAGAGAGCCAAAAGAACAACUACUAUUGUGCUGAAACAUGUUAACUUACACACAGAAGGAAAAAUCAACUCACAAAUUAGCUCAAACAGCCUCAAAUUUUAUGUUGGUUGUGUUGUCAUUUGUCAUUAGUCAUUUGCCUUCAACUUUAGGCUAUUACGCCAUAUUCCAUAUCUUGUGCUCUGCCAAACUUGGACACUAGUAGAGCACACUUGCUAUUCCCAAUUUAAUUAUUUUCAUCUGUUUUUUAAUUAGAAAAAUAUUUCAAAUGGUCUGAAAUGCUGUCUUAGAGAAAGACUGAAUAAACAUGGCCUGUGUGUACAGCUUAUCUUAAUCACUAUAAUAAGGGCCUGUGUCCACUAAUGGUAUUACUUCAUUGGCAGCACCCAUGACCUCAGUUUCGGAGUAUUUCUUACCUAUGCUCUCUGCCACCACACUGCAAAAGUUGCACCCGCUGCAUUUCUGCUCCACAUAGUGGUGACUGAUACAUCUGUUUCAAAUAUUCUGUGUGUAUAGAAACCAUAAACUAGCAUCAGCAGUAGCUCUAAACCUAGAAGCUGUACACUCUAUGCAAAAGUGUGGUUACCUUCUUCAACAGAAAGGCUUGAAAAACAUUGUUAGGGAAAUUGAUAUCAAAAGUCCCUCUUCAAAAAAGAUUAUGUCUGUGGUGGACACAGGCCUUAAUAUGUUUUGAGGAAUUGACUGAAAGGCAGCAGAUGACAAAUAAGAGCUUUAUUUUGUUUAUAGCUGUGAACACAGUCUUGUUUCCUUGUCCUAUUUGCUUCUACUUCCUCGAGCAGACUGACAAGUAAUUUUAAGAAUGCUCCAGUGAUCAGCACUUACAAAACGGGUCAGGGCCCUUUGUGUCUGUUUAAGUUUGCAGCUCCAGCAGUUCUGUUAAAUGUGGUGUGACGACCACUAGAUUGAUACCUCUCACCUGUCAAAGCCUGUUAUUUGACAUGGCUGACGAGUGGUCAUUACACUCUAUUUCCUUCCCCUCUACUUUGUGGAUCAGAGGGGUUGUACACCCCUGAAGGGUAAAAAAAAAAAACUGCACCACUCAAGUCUCAGUUUCACAUCCAAGAAAGCAGUGAAAUGAAUUUGAACAGAAUCUGACAGAAUCUCACCCACUGUCCUCUUUGUUCUCCAUGACCGCAAACUCUAUUUAACUUUGGCUUGACAAAAGACGAAAAACUUGACAGUGUCAGAGGUGCAUUUCUUUGGGCGUAUAACUCAAGUGAAACGCUGGAGAAUCUCUAUGCAUAGUCCUUUGCCCUACUAUUUGCUAAGGGCGCUUGCUCUGGACCCCUUAAGUUCAUUCAAAGAAGCUUUUCAUAUCUGACAGGUCUAGUCCUGCUGUCCUUUUGUCUCUGGGUGUCUAACUGUUCCUCUGGGAAGCGGACUAAUUCAACAGGAAUGCAUACUUUUCCCAUCACCCCCCACUGCAAAGCUUUUGGAUUUGGGAUGUUACCCUGGAGACUGCAGGUUAUGCUAAGAACCCAGCAUGGUGCACUUAUAUGCCAGCUGCAGGCUCAUAGAUGCCUGUGCACACAGAUAUUAUGCAUGCGUAUGUAAGAUAACACUUGUCUUUCACCCACUUUAUUCUAUGGGAAUCGAAUUAAGGGCCAAACCUUGCAUUUGUAACCUGAGACCCACUCUCAAUACCAUUCAGAGAUGCAAUUUUGCCCAUGCUGGCUCUGAAGAUAAUUGUGUGAAGCUCAUUGAGGAAACUGGACUCCCUGGCUCUUUUCACCACACACAAGGACUGAUUGUGCCCUGAGGCCGUGGGUAACAGACUGACAGAGACUAUUUCCAGGUGAAAAACAUGGAGUUGUCCUUCACACCUUGUUACAGCUGCAGGAAUGCAGCAGAGGAUGCAGAUGCACUGUUGGAAAGGGAAAUGCUUAAAGACCCACUUCGAUAAAAAUCAUGUUUUUAUUGUUUUAGAUGUUCAUAUAGCAUUUUUCCCAUGCUACAGGACAUAUUAUGAGAAAAAAGGGGGGAUUCAAAUGGCUGUGAAUCUCAUGCAGACCCAAACGCAAGUUUAGAAACAGUGAGAUUUCCUACGUAGCAAAUCCAAGCUUUGCCCCCAGAGCCCCCUAUGCAGGCCACAGUCGGAGAAAUAAAGAGGACGAUCAUGAAACAAGCGUGUGUUAACGAAUUACAAUGUUCGUAAGAAAUCUAAAUAUGAUAUUAACUACAUUAGUGUCCGAGAGCUGAAUCGCUUCUAUGUUACCUGCUACUUUUACACCGGCAAUGUUAGGCUGCAAAAUAGCAUGAAAAGAGGUGGGCAGAGCAGCGCUGACUCCGCCCACGACUCAGAGGCGAAUUGCUAAUUAUCUCUGAGCUCUGCAGAAGAAAAGCCCUUGAAAAUGAUACAGGUAAUGCGAUUUUGGCGAAAAAAAUAAUCACAAUUUAAAGACCACUGAGAACACUUUAAAGUGUAAAAACAAAAACGAUCAGAGUGGGACUUUAAACAAGUGUAACAUUGCAUUAUAUUUUACAUGAACUCUACUUGUCUCAUGGAAAUUCAUAAUAGUAAACAAACAUUGGCAACAAACCGAUAAAUCACUGCCAACCUUUGGUCCUAGAAACUUUCUCUGUCACUUUUCGUCCAGAAAUGGGAGUUUGCUGCUGGUUUGCUUGUUGGGCCCUCUCAUAAAGGAAAGCACACUCUGUCAUUAUGAUCAGAUCUAUCCUGAGAAAAAAACCAUGAAGGGACAGACCCUAAAAAUGGAUGGCUACACUUACACUCACACACACUCGCGCACAUACACACAUAAUCCAAUCUCAGCCAUGCCCUUCGUGAUCUCUUUAAACUGUUAUUUACCUCAGGAAGCUGCAGAUUUGUCUACCUCUAGACGAAGGAGCUUUACAGCUUUACUCCAAAGCCUGGCACAAAAACACAAGCAUGCAGCCACAGGUAAACACACACACACAAUGGCUUAAAAACACACAUACACGCCCAAAUAAAAUAGGGGAAAGGACGCACAAAAACACACACACACACUCACUCACUUGUGCGCACUCUGGUGCAUUGAAGCCUACCAGGCCAGACAUGGAGACAAUGCAGGAGACUGGAGGCUCUGAGACAGUGUCUUUGUUGGAGUCCUGUAAUCUCCUCGCUGAGGGUCACAUUCUUUGUCCAGGCCUCGAAAUGCAGCCUCCUUACUGAUGCCCUCAGGCUCAGUGUGUGUGUAUUUCUGAGAGUGUGAGAAAAAAGGCAGGCAGAGAGAGAGGCGGAAGUAGAAAUAGGCAUUCUUCUGAGAAAUGAUGAUGUUGGUGAACUGGCAGAGGAAUGCCGUGCCGUGCGUGUUUGUGGGGGGACAAGGGGAGCUGGAGAAGCGGGGUGUCAGGGGAGACAGUGACUGGUGUCCUGGAGGCACGUGGAGUGAACUCCGCCGCGUUCGCUGACACCACUAGCACUGCCAGCUGACCCUGCAUGCCUCAGGAUCUCCAACCUGCUCGGUGUGUAGUGACCUGGACCUCCUGAUGAUCUAACGGGGUGACCCGGAGCGAGGUCAACAAAGAUCUGUCUCAUUUCUUGACACUUCUUCAGCUUUUUCUCUCUGGAAGAAACUGAGACAAACUUGGUAAAAUGAGACACGUUUGCACUUUUGAAAUAUUUUGUCCCCUGAGGAACUAUUAUUCUGUCUUCUGAGCUCUGUGCUUGUGAGUGUGUGAGUGUGUGUGCGCUUUAAUAGCCCAGGCUGUCACCCCUGCAUCCCUGGGGAGGAGUUAACAUCUGCCCCUUGUGGGGGUGGGAUAGCAGUGCCUCACCUCUUUGUGUUUGGGUUGAGGGGGAACACCAUCUGCUUGUGCUCUCGCUGACAAAAACAUCACUCCACACAGAUUUCCUGCACACAAAAAUACACACGCUUGUCAGUGGACAGAAAGUACAGAAAAUUGUUACCUAAAAGCCGACUCUUUUUAGUGUAACUGUUCGUGUGCAUGAUAGAUUUUUCUGACAUUAUUUAUUUUGUUUACCUAGAUUUGUGUUUCAUCUUUGCCCCAUAUUUUUCUCUCUGUGUCUUUCAGGCUCAGCAAAGAGAUGCCUUCGUCCAGGAGCGAUAUGGCCAGUAUGACCUCAGCGAUCCGUUCCUCGCCCUGCAGCGGGACAGUGAAUCCGAGGAGCGUCAGAACACACUCGCUCAGACGCGCACACACCUGCAGGGCCGCGCCGUGGGCCCAAACCCUCUUGCUGUGCUUAAACUGGUCAUGGCUCACUGUAAGAAGAUGCAAGAGAGGAUGAUGGGACAGUUGGCCGCUGCUGAGAGCAGACACAGGAGGGUAAGAUCCGGUUCACUCUCAAUCUCUCCCACAUGGUGUGUUCUGGAGCUCACAUGUCGGCACUUCAGAUUUGCGUGCUGGGAGGACGCUGGUGUGACACUGGGGCGCCCGCUUGCACAAUAGGGUUGUUGUGUAUGUGAAUGUGUGCAUGCGUCUUCUCUGCAGACUCGACUUAGGGGAGCUAGGUUUACAGACAGCAGCCACAUCUUAGUCUUAGGGGCUGAUGUGCAGCUUUCUCACAGUUCUGAAGGCUAAUUUAAAGGGAUAGUCCGGUGUAAAAUUAAGUCAUGGUCAAAUACACUGUAACACUGAGUUAAACACCCCCUCGAGAGAUGAAUGUUGCCGACUGCUUGCUUCUCUAGUUAUACCAACUUUAGUAAUGAUCGCAAGAUAGAAAUACACAGCGGUCUACGACUCCAUGUGCAAACCUCAACCAAAAAGCCACUUUAUAGCUACAAAUAAUGCUCAGAACAGCACCUAACUCAUCAACAAUACAUGUAGGGUCCCAGCCAUAGUACUAGCCACCAAACAUCUUUUUAACUUUGCCUAAUUUCUUUUGCAAAGAGACAAAACACAACUCACCUACUCUCUUCCAGCAGCCGCUUGUUUAAGUGGGAGCCCUGACGAGUCGAUCAUCAAGUGCAGGAGAGUUUCACAGCUCAAGGAAGAACAUUUAUGAUCAUUUCUUCAUGGCAAUGCAAUCAGAACAAGACAUUAAGGCAGAAGAAGUACCGCGUCUGCUGUGCAAAAUGAUAUGCAGCGGAUCAUUUCCUUGAAGUAGUAAUCAUCAUAAUAAUCAUCUUGCACUGCAGACUCAGUAGUUCUUCUGCCUUAAUGUCUCGGUCUGAUUGCAUUUCCAUGAAGUAAUAAUCAUAAAUUUUCCACUGCACUUGGUGAUCGACUCGUCAGGGCUCGCACUCAAACAAGCGGCUGCUGGAGGAGAGUAGGUGAGUUGUGUUGAGUCUCUUUGCUAAAGAAAUUAGGCAAAGCUUAAAAGAUGUUUGAUGUCUAUGGCUGGGACCCUAUAUGUACUGUUGAUGAAGUUAGGUGCUUGUCUGAGCAUUAUUUGUGGCUAUAGAAUGGCGUUUUGGUUGAGGUUUUCCCGUGGGGUGAUAGACCGCUGUGUAUUGCUAUCGUGUGGUCGUUACUAAAGUUAGUAUAACUAGAGAAGCAAGCAGUCGGCAAAAUUCAUCUCUCGAGUGGAUGUCUAACUCGGUGUUAGGGUGUGUUUGACCAAAACUUAAAUUUACGCCAGAAUAUCCCUUUAAGUUAUGAACACUAUUAGAGAGGACUUAGAUUAAAUAAUGUCUAAUCAAUGCUUUGUGUGUUUGUGUGUUUGACAGAUGAUAGCUGAUCUGGAGGAGGAGAAGAGACGCCAUGCCCAGGACUCUGCUCAAAAUGAUGACUUCACCUUCAUGCUGCAGACAGAAAGAGACAAGCUGCUACAACAGGUAUCACUUUCAUGUCCAACAAUACUGUCUGAAGGCUCAUUUAUACAUUUUUAUGACUGAUAAUGAUGGUCAAAUAUUACCAACACUUGCAUUCCCACCUGCUGAUAAGACAAGCACGUCUCUUCAGUUUGUCUUUCUCCUUUAUCGCAGCAGCAUCUGUGAUUUAAAAGCCGAGCAGUAAAGCAGGGUCAUUCUAUUGUGUAACUCAGUCAGAUAGAGAGAGAGAGAGCUCGCCCUGUUGAAGUACAGGCUCACACAGACACCCGAAAGCACAAGCUGGGCUGUUCCACAGGAAACAGAGGAGGAAGAGGCCAUUGUUUAGUUGUCCAGAAGCCAUGGGGCUUUACAGCCUCAGGAAACCUGAGAUAAUGGAUGUCCAUGUCUAAUGCAAGGUCAGCUCACAUACACACUCAGACACACACGCUGUGAGCUCACAGUCAGCCACUCGCUAUACAAACUUCGCCCGGGGGCCUUAUGUAAGACGGGCUUCCUGAGUGUCUCCUGGUCUUCCUCAGGCCUUCCCGUCAGUGUUGUUUUUUGUGCAGUAAUCACACACUCUAGAUUGUGUUUCAUCACCUCCAGUUUCCCCCCUGUUACUCAUCAAAGCUUUUAAGCAGCCUGGUCACCCUCUUAUGACCCCAUACUAAACUCAACUUUUAAAAAAACAUGCCCAGCAAGCAAAUUACUAUCAAAGCAGGAUGAACAUAAACAACUGUCUCUUAAAAUGUCCCUUCUGCUUCUAAAACAAUGAAUUCUGCCAAAAUCCCUUCUGCCAGUUCGGGUCUUUUUAGAGCAGAUUCACUUUAUUUGUUUUUAGAUAAUGUGUCAAUAAAUACCAAAAAAGCUUGGAAAAAAGUGAAAAACAAUUCAUUACCUCAAAAGUUAGUUAGCUAUUUAGGGAUUGUGUGCUUUGGUCUGUCAGCGUGGGCCUUAUUUUGCAAAAACUACAUAAUUUACAACACUUAAUCUUUUUUAAAAGAGUUUUAAUUGAGGUUUUAAUCAUAUAAUAAAAGCACAAGAGAAAUCUCACUUUUAUUUGCACACAAAAGAAAGAUUACCUUUUUAGUAUGUCCAAAUAGUCUGAUUAAAAAGCUCUAAUUUGACAAAAAGACACUAUCAACUGCUACCAGCUGAAGUUUAGUGUUCAAAUUUAAGGGAUUAAGCGCAAAACACUAAUCUAAAUGUUUUAUGGAAAAGCUAGAAGACUUCCCUUUCAGAGAACAGUUGGGUUAUUGAUACCAGGAAAUAUCCUCCUCCUGUUCAGUCUAGUCUAACAUCAGUGUGCUCUUGCCUCCUUGUGGUCAAAUCUGGAAUUGUUGCCUCCCUAAUCCCUUAUCAUCUCUUUCUAGUUGGAAGUGGAACGUGCCGCCAUGCAAAGGCUGGAAGAGGAGCAAGCACAGGCGGUCAACCAGGCAGAGGAGUCACUUUCCCAGCAGCAGCAGCUCUCCUCCUCCCUGACUCUGGACCUCCAGAAGGCUAAAAGCCAGGCCCAGGAGGAGGCCCAGAAAGCUGCCCGGCUUCAAACUUUGCUCCAAGAAGAGGCCAGCGCUCUGGAGAAGCUCCAGGGGGUUCUGGAGGAAGAGAGGAAGAGAGCAGCUCAGCUAGAGGCUAGCUCUAAGAGGCAGUUGUCUGAGUUUGACACAGAACGAGGACAGAUGAAGGCAAGGAUCACGAAAGAGGAGGAGAGGAGCACGGAGCUGGAAAAGCAGCUUGAGGAGAUGAGGAAGAGGUUGGCUGAGACUGGAGGAUGUGAGGAAGAGGUAAAAGAGGCUGUGCAAGAAGUCAAAGAGUCAGUAUCCAAGGUGACGGCAGUGUCCGCCUCUGUUCAGACUGAGCCAGAUGGAAAGAUAGCUCCCAAACCUACAUCGGUGUCAAAGGUUAACGGCUAUCAUGCUCAUAAAGAGACUGAGCCGACUCAGGAAGGCAGAGGAGCAGAAAAUGGAGCAGUGGUAGAAAAUGGGGGAGGGGGGCAUUUGCAUUCCCCUCUUUACCCCCAUCAUCACCCUCAUCCUCCUUCUCCUUCGAGUACAGCCUCCUCUUCCCUCUCCUCUUCUCCCAUCUCCUCCCCUGUUCUCGCCAAGCGUCUGGGCAGCCCCGGCUUCCAUCAGUCCUCCUACCAGGCUGGAGUCAACCAACGUUUCCAGGCGGCCCGACACAAGUUCCAGAGCCAGGCGGAGCUGGAGCAGCAGCUGCACGGUGGCCCCCUCUCCCCCAGGGACCUCUCUCCUACCACCUCCUCCUCCAUUUUGCCCCCACCAGAGCACAGCACAGCCAAGCAGCUGGCCCGCAACACCGUCACCCAGGUGCUGUCCCGCUUCACCAGCCAACAGGCAGGGGUGAAGCUGGCGCCCAUCAGCAGCUCCCCAUUUGGUACAGACUAUCGUAAUGUAGCGGCGACCCCUCCAGGGGGGCGGUCUCCGUCUUCAGGGCCUUUAUCGCCAGGCAUCCGCUCCCCUCUCACUCCUCGCUCGGAGAAAACCCAUCCUCCUCCGAUCCCUCCCAAAAAGCCGGGUAUGAGUCCCACACCAGGCUCCCCGAGUCACUCUUCACGAAGCAGCCUCUUCCCGGAGCUGACGGGGAACUGCGGACAAAGCAACACCGGGCAAGAGGGAAACAAGGAGCCGGACCUGCUUUUAUCUUCUAGCAGCUAACAACCAGAUCACACACACUAACUCCUGCAAUGUGUUAGGCUUAAAUCAGCAGUUAAUGAUUAAUUCAUGUGUACCAGCCUUUAGAGCCACUUCAUGAGGUUUAUGACUCGCAGUCUAGACACAAUAAAGUUGGAGGGGUUCAGAUCAGAGCAUCCAAGAGUUUGUUACACCUUAAUCGGAAAAGAAAGAUCUGGAACUCAAUCAAUGAAAUCAAAGUUCUUAAAAGUAUGAUUGAAUAUUCCUGCUUUUAUUCCUUCAUUUUGAUACUUUUGAUAACUUAUUUUUAUUUUGUAGCUUGGCCCAUGUCCUAUUUAAGACCUCCACUGCAGCCAGCCAUCAGGUAGAGCUCUGAAAGUUUUGGCUUCGCUUCUGUUAAACUGAAGGAAAAAAGGUUACAAGGGCUAAAUAACCUAGAGUGUGGCAAAUAUGUAGCUUUCACCAUUUCACAAAAGUUAGUUUUUAGUAGAGAUGCACCGAUCCAUUUUUUUCCGAUCCAAUCUGAUACCGAUACGUGGGCUGAGCGUAUUGGCCGAUAUCCGAUCCAGUACUACUGUUGAAUGAAUGAACUGUAUACCUUGCCCUGUGAGUGAAGGCGUCAGGCUUGACAUUAGCCUUGUUAAAAAAAAAAGGUAACAAAUUAACACAGAUAUGAAUUAACUUAAAACUAUUUAUUAACAAAUAAACUGCACAUUAGCACACAGCAAAAAGAAGUAAGACUUCCAUGUAAACAUUUACCGCAAACGGAUAGACAGACAGAAUAUAGAGCGAACAGAAUCGCUGUGUUGCUGUGUAUGAUAUUGACUAAAAGAAGAAAAAGACUGGAUCGGUGUCAUUCAUCAGAUAGCCGAUCCAGUUAAUUUGUCCACAUCGGAGCCGAUAUCCGAUCCAAAUAUCGGAUCGGUGCAUCCCUUGUUCUUAGUCCUUAAAUCUUUCCACUUUUUAAAAAAUCUCUUAUUGAGAUGAUCCAUUACAACAAGGUUAUUGUGUAAAUAGUUUGUAAGGAUUAGCAGUCGUUUCUCUUUGAAUGAAUGAAUGACACGUGCAUGUGCUGGUUUUUUUUAAACUUUAAGAAGACACUGAAUCUUUUCUAAAAGGGACACUUUAUACUUCUAUACUGUAAGAUAUCAUGCUGUUUGUCUACAAUUUACUUUACUUUGUUCAGGGAAAGUUAAUUUCUGCUUCACCCAAACCAAGAAGGACAAUGGACUCUAUGGGAUAUUCGAUCAGUGAGCAUCAAAAAGGGACUGUAGUUGUUUUUUAUAGUGUUCAAUAAUUUUCAUUGUACAAUGUCCACACAUCAGAUUCUUUUGAAUUUAAAGCAAAGACUUGAUUUAAGUUUUUUUUUUUUGGCCAGUUUAUAUCUGUAGAUUUAUACACUGUACGUCUGUGGGGGCAGUGGCCCUCAGCUGCCUGUAAUAAAUAUGCAUAUCAUGAACCCCUGUGCUAUUUUAAAUAAAUAUCCCAUGCCUUAAAGCC